GCUCCCCAGGUCGAGCCGCCGGGGCGGAAAAGGAGCGGGGUCGUCGCGGGCCGAGAAGGCGCGCGGCGCGUGCGCGUGGGGGUUUGCGGUCGCGCGCAGCGGUCCUCCUUCCUUAAAGUUUGGUUGGGGGCGACGCCCCCGCUCCCCCUCCGCCCCCACCCCCUGCCCCCCACCCCCGGCCCCAGCCAUGGCGUUGAGAGCCCGAGCGCUGUACGACUUCCAGAGCGAAAAUAAAGAGGAGAUCAGCAUCCAGCAGGGCGAGGAGCUGGUGGUGUUCAGCGAGCACUCCCUGGAUGGGUGGCUGCAGGGCCAGAACAGCCGCGGAGAGACGGGCCUGUUCCCGGCCUCCUACGUGGAGGUCCUGCGCGCCCGGUCCGGGUCCAGCCCCGCGGGCUCCCCCGGCAGCGACGGCGUCUUCCCCGGGGCCCCGGCCGGAGGCGGCCGCUGGGGCAGCUUCGAGGACGAGGACGAGGACGAGGACGACUGGGACGACUGGGACGACGGGGGGACGGUGGUGGAGGAGCCCCGGGGGGCCGGGCCGGGGGCCAACGGCCACCCGCCGCUCAACCUGUCCUACCCGGGGGCCUACCCCAAGCAGCACAUGGGCUUCCGGGCCGCGGGGCCCCUGGAGCGCCAGGACAGCUCGGCCUCGGCCAAGAGGGGCAGCGUGGUGGGGCGCAACCUGAACCGCUUCUCCUGCUUCGUCCGCUCCGGGGUGGAGGCCUUCAUCCUGGGGGACGUGCCCCUGAUGGCCAAGGUGGCCGAGACCUACUGCAUCGAGAUGGGCCCCCGCGGCCCCCAGUGGAGGGCCAACCCGCACCCGUUCGCCUGCUCCGUGGAGGACCCCACCCGGCAGACCAAGUUCAAGGGCAUCAAGAGCUACAUCUCGUACAAGCUGACCCCCAGCCACGCCGGCGCCCCCGUCUACCGGCGCUACAAGCACUUCGACUGGCUCUACAACCGCCUGCUGCACAAGUUCACGGUCAUCUCGGUGCCCCACCUGCCCGAGAAGCAGGCCACCGGCCGCUUCGACGAGGACUUCAUCGAGAAGCGGAAGCGGCGGCUGGUCCUCUGGAUGGACCACAUGACCAGCCACCCCGUGCUCUCCCAGUACGAGGGCUUCCAGCACUUCCUCAGCUGCUACGACGACAAGCAGUGGAAGAUGGGCAAGCGGCGGGCCGAGAAGGACGAGAUGGUGGGCGCCAGCUUCCUCCUCACCUUCCAGAUCCCCACCGAGCACCAGGACCUGCAGGACGUGGAGGACCGCGUGGACACCUUCAAGGCCUUCAGCAAGAAGAUGGACGACAGCGUCCUGCAGCUGAGCAACGUGGCCUCGGAGCUGGUGCGCAAACACCUGGGGGGCUUCCGCAAGGAGUUCCAGAAGCUGGGCCAGGCCUUCCAGGCCGUCAGCCACUCCUUCCAGUUGGACCCCCCCUACAGCUCCGACGCCCUCAACGGCGCCAUCUCCCACACGGGCAAGACCUACGAGGCGGUCGGGGAGAUGUUUGCCGAGCAGCCCAAGAAUGACCUCUUCCAGAUGUUGGACACCCUGACCCUCUACCAGGGGCUGCUGUCCAACUUCCCGGACAUCAUCCACCUGCAAAAAGGAGCCUUCGCCAAGGUGAAGGAGAGCCAGCGCAUGAGCGACGAGGGCAAGAUGGACCAGGACGAGGCGGACGGGAUCCGCAAGCGGUGCCGGGUGGUCGGCUUCGCGCUGCAGGCCGAGAUGAACCACUUUCACGAGCGCCGUGUGCUGGACUUCAAGCAGAUGAUGCAGGCCUACCUGAAGCAGCAGAUCCUCUUCUUCCAGCGCGUCAGCCAGCAGCUGGAGAAGACCCUGCAUAUGUAUGACGGCCUCUAACACACAUCUCCCUACCCCCGGCCCAGGGCCCCUCGCUCUCCUCCAUCCGCUAGGACCCCGCAGGGACUACUUUUCAGGAGGCUGAGCGGAAGGGGAAACUCGGGACAGAUAUGACCAAAUUCCACCUUCUCCCCUUCCCUUGAGGGUGUGUGUUUGUGUAUGUGUGUGCGCGGGGGGUGUGUGUGUGCACGUGUGUCUGUGCACACGUGUACUUGUGUUUGUAUGGAUGCGCACCCGACCCGGAGCUGCUUCGCUGAGACCAAACAGGAUGUAAUGACACUAAUGACUUCGGGACCAUCCAGACCCACCCUGGUUCAGCCUCCUUCUGGCCCAAGCGGGGACCUGGGUUCAGGGGAACGCGCCCGCAGAGGCAGGGAGGCCGGGAAGAGGCCCGGCCGGGCAGAGGCGACCGACAGUUGAAGACCCCCGGAGGACUUUAGAGGUGGGCUGGCCCGGGGAGGCCUUCCUGGGUCUCUGAGCCCCGGGGCCGAUGGGGUCUCAGGCUUGACGUUCUUUCCAUCCCACUGCCCGAUCCGGAUGGGGUCAGCAGAGCAGCGGUGGGCGACUCUUUGCAGUGGGGCAGGUAAGCGGACGUCCCUCCACCCAAAACCAAAUCCACUGCCUUUUACUUCCAAGUUGACAAGGCAUUGUUUUCUUUCUCCUGCAGAAUUCAGUAAAGGCCAUGGUGGUGGGCUUCUCUCCCCGAUUCCUGCUCUCGCCCACCCAGGCUUCCCACCUUGGCCGGAGUCCCGUGUCCUUCCACUGGUGAGGGGGAGAGACCACAGGAUCUGCACAUCCCCGGCAUUUGGGGUGUGCCCCAGUCAGAGAGCUGGAGCUUGUAUCCGCUCCCUCCACCCAGCCAGGACCCCUCACCCCAGCCAGGAUCCCUCAGCCCAGCCACUUGGGAUGGAUUUGAGGCCCCGUGUGCCUAUGACAUACGGUGCCCCAACCGUGACCCACGGGCUGCCCAUACUCGGUGUCCUGAGCCAGUGGCCGUGGGCCUUUCCUCCCACGUGACCUUCCCUGAGUCCACCAGCAGCAAAGACCUCUAGGGUCCCGGGGAUGGGGUUUGGAAGCUCUGGGUCUGGGCUCGGGGGGCCCAGCUGACCUGGCAUUCUUCCUUUAGAUCCCUGAAGGCUCCAGGCUUAGGGGGAACCUGACUCUUGGGAUCACCCUGCCCGGCAAGGGCCCUUUCCAGUCCAAAAUCCCUGCCAAGUGGCCCAUCUGGGAGCCAGCCCCCAGACGAACCCGGCUCAUGAUGGGGCAGCCCUUGGGUGGGGCGUGGGACCUCGCAGGGAAGGGUUCCAGUGAGCCCAGUGGCUCCCCGGGGAACGGGGUGCCUCUCCCCGCUCCCCUCUUCCUCCCCACAAAGUCAGGCAGAGACGUCUCUGGCUGUUGUUGUUUACAUCCUGGCAGGAGCCGCCAUCCGCCCGCCCGCCCGCCUCCGCAGAGGGGGCCCAGCACAGGCGCGGUGCCCCUGCGACAAUGGACAGAUGGACAGAUGUGCUCUGCAGCUGGCUCACCCCCCGGGGGCUGCGGGCAGCUGCUCUGCCGCUUUUUCCUUUUUCUUGGAAAUCCUUUUACAGUUUUGUUUGUUUUUUUUAAAAACCAUCAAGACCCAACUCCAGAGGUGCCCCGGCCCCCCUUGGCUCUGCCGGUGAUGAAGCGUUGGAGCCGGUGCCGGGGGUGAGCGGGCACGGGUGUCCUUCCUUGGGAAACCUGACGUGGAGAACCUUGGGGGCUUCCCUGACGGUCAUGCGGUUUAGAGGUGGAGGGCAUCGAGGGUCCAGGGUUUGGAGGUACCGGAAGGAGCCUCCCUCAUUUGGGCUAGCCCUCUACCCCCAAGCCGCCGUCCCCUCCCCUCCAGGGCCCACUUUUCAGAGGCACCCGUCUGGCUGGGUGGGGGAAGUUUUGCUGUCGAUGGAAAAUGUUGAGAAUAAUGAAAGCGAAAGAAUAAAAUGCUAAAGGGAAAACCGUCA